AUGAGCGGGCUUAGGAGAAGAAACAUAGCUCCAAGCGAGCCAGAGGAAGAAAAUUCAACUUUUUUGGAGAAAUUUAGAGAACUCGAUGCAUUUACGAAAAUUACAGAAGAAGCCGAAGCGCCAAAAACGUCCCAGGGAGGCUUUUGCACCGUGAUUACGUUUUCCGUGAUGUUGCUCCUCUUGCUGGGCGAAAUGACGGUCUGGUUUACGACGACAAAGAUCAAAUACGAAUUUGACGUCGAUUCGGACUACGAGUCGAAGAUGCAUCUCAACAUGGACAUUACUUUCAACUCUCCUUGUCACAUGAUCAGCGCCGAUAUCGCCGAUUCUUCGGGCGACGCAUGGGGCUACAACUUUCAAAUUCAAGAAGACGCCGCCGAAUUUGAGCUUUCCAAAGAAAAAGCGCUGGAAAGAGCGAAGUUGUUGAAGAUGAAGGAAUCUAUGACCGAUCCGAAUAUGCGGGAUCAGCUUUUGCGAGAAGGUCACGAUGUCCAACACUUAGAAUUGAGUCGCGCAAAGAACAAGAAAAUGAUGGAUCAGGGAAUGAUGCAUAAAGUUGUCCAAAUCAACCUAGACCCAAGCGAACCGCAAGGCUGCCGCGUCUGGGGAUCGAUAGAAUUACAAAAAAUCGCUGGAACGAUCAAAAUCAGCGGCGGAGGAGUGGGUGGCAUUCCUGGUCUCCCAGGUGGCUUAGACGCGAUCAUGGGGAUGUUCAUGAUGCCGAUGAUGGGCAUGGGUGCGCAGAUUCAAGAUGGCAAAAAGGCUAAUUUCAGCCAUAGAAUCGAUCAUUUUUCCUUCGGGGAUCCUUCAAGCGGACUUGUUUACGGACUUGACGGCGAUAUUCAGAUUCAAGAGAAAGAGACGGACGAUACAACUUACGUUGUCAAGGUCGUUCCUACUGACCUGAAGACCUUCAAAUUUCAGCAGAAAGCGUACCAAUACGCGGUAACCCAGCACGUUGGCAAAUCUGAGAAACCAGGCGUCACCAUCAAGUACGACUUUUCCGGUCUUGGGGUCAGCAUCACCGAGUACCGUGAGAGUUUCGUCGGGCUUUUGACACGAUUAGCGGGAAUUUUAGGAGGUAUCGCUGCCUCCUCAGGAAUCCUUGCAAAUGUGCUCAAUGCACUAAGCUGA